AUGUAUUUUCACUUGGAGGGAGAACACUCUGUUUACUACAGAGAUCACGAGCAAGUUGGUGAUGUUCUUCUCAAACCAAGUGUUACCGAAUCAAUGUUUACAACUUGGCUUGAGGCAAACAAUAGUUUUGAAGAGGCAAGGCUUUUAACUUACGGUGACUUUGUUUCUAAAUUUGUUUAUCAUAAACGGAGUAGGAGUUGGAAGCCAAGGAAAAGAGGGUAUACCAUUGGUCGUCUUUGUUGGGUGCCUCAAUGCUCAGGUGAAUUGUUUUAUUUAAGAAUGAUGUUAACUGUUGUUAAAGGCCCAUUAUGUUAUAAUGACAUCAAGAAAGUUGAUGGUGUUCAACAUAAGACUUUUAGAAAGGCAUGUUUUGCUAUGGGUUUCCUUCAAGAUGAUCGAGAAUUUAUUGAGGCAAUCAAAGAGGCACAUGUUUGGGGUUCAGGUUUAUUCUUACGAAAGCUAUUUGUUACUAUGCUUUUGUCAUCAUCCAUGAACCGACCAGCACACGUAUGGAGAAAGUCUUGGAAGUAUCUAUCGGAUGGUAUUCUUUACGAACAACGGUUGGUGGCAAGAAAUCAAGGGUUGACACUUACCGAUGAGGAACUUCAACAGCUGACUUUGAUGGCUAUUGAAACACUAUUACAAAAUAACAACAAAACAUUGAAAGACUAUAAGCCAAUGCCAUAUCCGAAAGAUUAUGUUGUUUCCUUCUCGGGUAAUAGGCUUAUUUAUGAUGAGCGUCAAUAUGAUCCUAUUGCUCAACAACAGCUAUUUGCAGGGUUAUACGGUUCUCUAACAGAUGAGCAAAGAAGCAUUUUUGAAGAGAUCAUGGAAGCUGUAGAGAAACAAAGAGGUGGCGUGUUCUUUUUAUAUGGAUACGGUGGGACCGGAAAGACUUUUAUGUGGAACACUUUAUCAGCGGCACUUAGGUCUAAGAAAAAAAUUGUCUUGCCUGUUGCAUCAAGUGGGAUUGCAAGUUUGUUGUUACCAGGUGGAAUAACAGCUCAUUCUCGGUUUAAGAUUCCAGUCCCUACUUUAGAUUCUUCAAUUUGCAACAUUAACAAAAAAGAUGAUAUUGCUGGGCUUCUCAAAGUGACAGAUCUAAUAAUAUGGGAUGAGGCUCCUAUGGCUAACAAGUAUUGUUUUGAGGCACUUGACAAGUCAUUGAAAGAUAUUAUGAGUGGAUCUACACAUGGUCAAGAUAAGAUUUUUGGAGGUAAGGUUGUUGUUUUUGGUGGUGACUUCAGGCAAAUUCUCCCUGUAGUACCAAGAGGUACUAGAUCUGACAUUAUUUAUGCAACAAUCAAUUCUUCAUAUCUUUGGGAUCAUUGUAAAGUCCUAAAGCUCACAAAAAACAUGCGGUUACAAAGUGGUGCAGCUACUUCUACAACAAAAGACAUUAGGGCAUUUUCUGAAUGGAUUUUACAAAUAGGUGAUGGGACAAUGUGCGAGCCCAAUGACGGUUAUGCUGAUAUUUGUAUUCCCGAAGAGUUUUUAAUUGCUAAUUUUGAAGAUCCUAUUAAAGCUAUAGUAGAGGAUACAUACCCUGAUCUUAUUCAUAAUUAUCUUGACUCCAACUAUCUUCAAAGUCGUGCAAUUUUAGCAUCAACAAUUGAGGUGGUGGAUGAUAUCAACCAAUAUAUCACAACUCUUAUUCCAGGGGAGGAGAAGGAAUAUUUUAGAAGUGAUUCCAUUGACAAAUCUGAUGCAAAUAACUUUGAUGGAUACGAGCAUGUCACACCCGAGUUCCUUAAUGCACUCAAAACAUCUGGAUUGCCAAAUCAUUCUAUCAAGUUGAAAGUUGGUGCGACCAUCAUGCUAAUGCGCAACCUAAACCAAUCGGAAGGCUUGUGCAAUGGAACACGACUAACAGUGACUAGGCUUGCUAACCACGUCAUUGAAGCUAAAAUCAUUUCUGGUAAAAAUGUUGGUAACAUCAUUUAUAUUCCAAGAAUGUCUUUGUCUCCUUCCCAAUCACCAUGGACAUUUAAAUUGGUGAGAAGACAAUUUCCAAUAAUUGUCUCAUUUGCAAUGACAAUAAACAAGUCUCAAGGACAAUCUCUUGACCAUGUUGGGUUAUAUUUACCUAAAGAAGUAUUUAGCCAUGGUCAAUUGUAUGUGGAUAUCUCUAGAGUUAAAUCAAAAAAGGGUCUUAGGAUUCUUAUUCAUGACAAAGAUAAAGAAGCAUUGACUAUUACAACCAAUGUGGUGUUCAAGGAAGUAUUCCAAAACAUUAAUUAG